UUCUACAAUAAUCCAAAAUGAAUCUGUCAUGUCUGCCUUUGAAUUUCGACUGUGGGAAUCACAAUUUUCUCUUCUUGGGCGCUGUCUUGAGCGACCCUGAAGUGAGGCAAACGGCCAAUCGGGAAAUGGUUGCCAAGACAAAAUAUUAAAAAAAUCGAUUCAUUUCAGCCUAUCAGCGUCGCCGAAAAAAAUGAUUGGGGGCGCUAGAAAUUGCGAACUACAGAAAUGUUUGUGCUGUCACCAUAGUGAUCAGCUAAACUUCUUUGUUGACGUUUUACACAAUCUGAGAGGAAUGAUGGCGGCGAUAUUGACCGUAGCUGAGGUGAAUCCACCAAAUUCAGUCAUUUCUUUGAGGAACUAUCCUUUCGCAAGAAGGACGAUGGCUGAAAGGAUACAGGUGAAGGAGCUGGGGCCCGACAAACCAGAGAUUAAUAUAGCACAGCCAACCAAAGAGGGGACGAGGAAGUACAUUCGGACUUUUAACCGAAGUUGGUUUGAGCGAAAGUCCUGGCUAACAGGCUGUGGGGCAACCAGUGCACUGUUUUGUUUUCCCUGCAUCCUCUUCAAAAAUGACAAGUCCGAUACGACAUGGACUGAGUCUGGACAGACGGAUUUAAAGCACUUAUCUGAACGGAUGAAAAAACACGAACGGUCAAGAGUGCACAUGGAGAAUUGUGUAAAGCUUGCCAUGCUAGGGAGGGUCAGCAUAGCGACUCAAUUAGACGACGGUCACCGCAUAGCCAUUCGGCGGCACAAUGAGGAGGUAGACAAAAAUAGACAUGUUUUGUCAAAGAUCAUUGAUUGUGUGAAAUUCUGUGGUGCGUUUGAGCUGGCAAUGAGGGGACACGACGAGAGAGAGAGUUCUGACAACCCAGGAAUUUUCAGGGGCCUGGUGGACCUAUUGGCUUCAAUCGAUCAGGACCUGAGGCAGCACCUGGACAACGCCACCGUGUUCAAAGGUACAUCCAAAACUGUACAAAACGAGCUGUUGGACUGUAUGCUGGCAGUCCUUAAAGAAAGAAUAAUCGAAGAGGUUACAACUGCGCGGUACGUAGCUAUCCAGGCAGACGAGACCACUGACGUAUCCACUCAUUGUCAGCUUGUUCUAGUACUACGCUACAUCGACAACGAGCAUAACGUACAAGAACGUUUUUUCGAGUUCAUGAAGCUGGAAAGGGCAUGUGCGGAUGUGAUAUCGGAUGCUUUGCUGGAGAGGCUGCGCACUAUUCUUCCCGAGGGCCAGGGUGGAAAGUUGAUUGCCCAGGCCUAUGAUGGGGCCGCUGUGAUGAGGGGAGCCACUGGCGGAGUGCAGCGCAAGGUGCAAGACAUCUACCCUACCGCGCAUUACACCCACUGUUACGCCCAUCAACUCAACCUUGUCAUGCAGAAAGCAACUUCUCACAUUCCCCAGAUAAGUCACUUCUUUUCAGAUAUGGGGGGAUUCGCUUCUUUUUUUACCAAGUCGACCAAGAGAACAGCUGUGCUUGAUGAAAUGGUGGCCCACAGACUUCCGAGUGCCUCGUCAACACGCUGGAACUUUAACAGUCGUGCAGUGAACACUGUGUACGAGCACAAGGAUGACCUGGUGAGGUGUUUUCAGACCAUCCGCAACAGCGACGCUUUUGAUGGACAGACAAACAGAGAAGCCGGUGGGUUUGUCCGUAUGCUGGAAGACGACUCAUUCUGUUUCUUCCUCAACCUCUUCCACAAGAUUAUGCCACAUGUCGAUAUCUUGUACAGCCAGCUACAGAGGAGAAACUGUGACUCCAUCUACAUCGGAGGGGCCAUGCAGGCAUUCAUUCGCCGCAUGCAGAAUAUCAGGGAUGCUGUCCCUUUCUUGGUUGGGGAUGAGGAGUACAGGGGACCUGUUCAGGAACCAGCCCCAAAGAGACGGAGAACGUUGGAAGAGGACAGACAGCAACGUUUGGCAGAGGAGGUGUGUGACACCAUUAUGACCCAUGCCACAGAGAGAUUUGCCUUCACCAAGCACCUUGUCAGCGCCACUCUGCUGCAAGGAGACCUCUUCCAACAGCACAGGAGAAAGUUCCCAGAUAGAGCCCUGGAAACUACAGUGGAAGCCUAUCCCUCACUGGACAAGGCCAGACUUAAAACAGAACUGUCCCUGAUCUAUGACAAUGAGGAGUUCCAGAAUUGCAGUGGUGCGCUGGCUCUUUACCAGGUUUUGAUGGCAAAUAACCUUCAGGACACUUUCGCCGAAACUGUAAGUCUUUUAAACAUCCUCAUCACCACACCCAUGACAACAGCGGAAUCAGAGAGGUGCUUCUCUACAUUAAACAGGAUAAAAACCUUCCUCAGGAAUACCAUGGCACAAGACAGGCUUAAUGCUCUAGCAAUGCUCUCCAUUGAAAAGAAGAUGGCACGUGGCAUUCAUGAUUUCAAUUCCAGGGUGAUUGAAAAAUUCGCUUCUCAGAAGGACAGAAGAGCAAAAUUCUUAUACAAAUAGGGACUUGCACCAUUUUUUGUGUCUAGAUGUGUGCAGCUGUGAAUGCAGAUACUGUAUUUGUUCAUAAUGUAAGAUCCAUGUACAUUCA